AGAGCUGACGACCUGGUUAUCACAGAAGCUGGAGUGUCGGAAAUGGUUGGAUCCACUGCUGUGGUAGCUAUUGUUUCUGGUUGUCAGAUAAUUUUGUCCAAUUGUGGGGAUUCCAGAGCAGUUCUUUGUCGGAGGACACAGACCAUUCAAUUGACAGUUGAUCACAAGCCAGAUAGAGCUGAUGAAUUAUCGAGAAUUGAAGCUGAGGGUGGGAGAGUCAUAAACUGGCACGGUGCUAGAGUGCUUGGAGUCCUUGCCAUGUCUCGAGCUAUAGGUGAUAGAUAUAUGAGUCCUUACAUAAUACCAGUACCAGAGAUCACUUUCAUGACAAGGAGUGAAGAGGACGAGUGUCUAAUAUUGGCAAGUGACGGGCUUUGGGAUGUUAUGUCAAACGAUGAGGUAGGCGAGGUGGCCCGUCGUCUACUAAGGCGAAUGCGCAGGUCUGUCAUAUCAGGCAAUGUUUCUCCAGCACAAGGGGUUGCUGAGAAUCUCACACAGCUCGCUAUCGGAAGAAAUAGUUCCGACAACAUCUCAAUCAUCGUUGUUGACCUAAAAAAUAGGAGAAGACAUCAAGCCAAGCAAUGAAAAAAGCAGGUUAUUCAAUAUAUCAAUUUCUUUUAAUUCUUUGAGGCUUGUUGAGGAAUCAAUAUAUAAAUAGAUAUAUUCAUGAAGUAUAAGUACCAAGUACCAACCAAGUUUCCUAGAUAUUUUAGGUAGCCCUCAUCAGCUGUUGUUUCUACUGUACAAAGCUGACAUUGCUGUUGGGGUGAUGCUCCUGACAAUCAAAAUUGUAUUACUGCAAACUGCAAACUGCAAACAGCAAAUUGAUAGAUCAACCCUCUAUUUUAGUUGGUUUGAUCUUACUUUCCGAAGUGGAAAUGACGAUUAAUCGAAAAAAAAAAAAGUAUAAUAGACUAUUGAUGUUGUGCAUUGCCAUUGAAAGAAAGCCAAAGAUGUUGCAAGCUCUCUAUCAUGUAAAAUUCAGUUGCAUCCAAUUCUUUUCAAAAAUUUAGAUAUUUCUGUUUA